AUGGUGCAUUUAACGGAAGAACAAAAAAAGUUUUACGAAGAGAAUGGCUAUAUAGUUCUAAAGAAUGUUCUGUCGGAGGAAGACCUGUGUUCAAUCACAAUAGAAUAUAACAAUCUCUUCAACAGGAAGAACCAGGAAAAGAUGGAGAGCUCCUGGGUCGGCAGUGACCAUAACGACAGGAAACAUGACAAGAAUUUUACUGUGAAAGGUAUCCACAACCUUCAGUUCCACCACGCCGUGUUCUCCAAGUUCAUCUUCAACGACAAUCUUCUGGACGCUCUCGAGGAUGUAAUGAACACUAAGAACAUUAUUUUCCAUCACACGAAGGCUCACUACAAGCCCCCCGAAAAAGGAGCAGCUUACCCAAUGCACCAAGACUAUCACUAUUUCCCGUACGAAAAAGACUCAAUGGUUGCGUCUUUCUUGCAUUUAGACGCAGCCGAUCCUAAGAAUGGAUGCCUUUACGUGUACCCUGGUUCACACAAACUGGGACCUCAGGAAGACGUUGGUGCUAAAGAAGGAAACUUUCAUUUUGUUGAUCAGAAAAAGUUCCCUAUAUUGAGAGCGAAACCGGUGAUCGCCGAUCGUGGAGAUGUGGUAGUAUUCUCCUAUCUACUGAUCCACGGCAGUACUCCUAACUAUUCACAUCGUCCGCGACGUAUGCUGCUCAUGCAGACAGCAGCCGCUGAUGACCGGCGUCUCUCCAUUGGACAACCUACACAGCCCGGAUACGGAUGGUUACUCCGAGGAGUCAAUCUUGAAAGGGACGCUAGUAUCUCGAAGAGAUUUGAUGCGUAA